GACAUCACCCGCCUCUUCACAGAAAGCAGUCCAAUUACACAAAUGGAUACGUGGCUUGCAAAGUUCAAGAAGCAAGACGAGCAGGCUGCGGUCGCGCUCGUGGCCCAUGAGCAGCCCCUGCAAGCACCAGUAGAGCAAGAACUAACCACGCCAAAGAAGAAGGGAUAUAAACUACCCUGGCUGCCGGGACGGAAAUGGCUCGCCAUCGUUUUUAUGGUGCUGUCCGUCGCCUCUAUGGCUAUCGGAUUGGGAGUGGGCCUGGGCCUCGGCAUGAAGAACACAACACAUGAUACGAGCCAGAUCACGUCCGACGACUCGGACCUCGGCGCCCUGCGCAUCAACCCCACCGCAAUGUCGGCGCUCUCGCUCAAUUCCACAAUGCUUGCGUCGGCCGCGUUGGUCAACGCUUCCAGCGCUGUCGCUGCGGAUGCGUUGACCGGCGACACGCCCGCGCCGUGCUCGCGGGAGGCGUACCUGCAGGCCCGCACGCUGGUGGCGCACUCGCUCCCGGCGCUGUCGCUGUUGCGCACCGCUGACAACGGCUCGGCUCUGAUUGAGAUGCUGCUGCUGGGCCAGUCCGACAUGGCGCUGGUGACCAAGUCGGACCUGACCGGGGCGGCGGCGCAGCUGGGCUCUGUGACGGCGGUGGCGACGGCCGGCAUCACCGCCGCAGCCAGCAUGGACCCCACAGACCCCGCCGACUGGCCCAACACGGCGGCUGUGCUCAAGAAUAUCCGGGGUCUGUUCGGCCCUCUGACUUCGCGCGCCGCCGGCGCCCCCGUCAACAGCAGCUCCACCGUGUCGGAGUCCAACGAGCUCGUGCUGCUGGAUGCCCACCAGGUGCUGCUAGCAACGAGCGAGAUCAUGGCGACCGGCCUGCCCAAGUCGCCCACGCUAAACGACCUGCGCUCCAUUGUGGACGCCGCGGCUCAGAGCCUGCUGCCGUACGCGCGCGAGGUGGCGGACCUGUGGUUCUACGGCCCCCACGUGAGCGCCAGCUGCAGCUCCACCGGCGCUGAUGCCGCCAAGUGCGCCGCGCGCCGCAACCUGUACCAGGCGUGCGGCCUGGAGGGCGAGUCCGCGCUGGCUGCCUGCCGCGCUGCCCUGCCCGUCAACGGCAGCAGCAGCUCGGCCCUGGUGGCCGCGCAGUGGGCCUGCGCCACAUCGGCGCAGUCGACACGGAACGUGUGCCUGCAGCGUGAGGAGGCGGCGCGCGCUUGUGGUGACCAAGUCACCACCGCCUACACCACGUGUGUGGCGGCGCCCGGCGCCACCACCACCACAUGCGGCGCCCGCAACGCCACCGUGCGCUCCACCUGCCUCGCGGCCGAGCAGCCCAAGCGCGUGACCUGCCAGGCCACGACGCGUGCCACGGAGACUUCCAAGUGCGCUGACGCCGACGCGGCCGCGCGCAACGCCUGCCGCAACGCCGCUGCCGCCGGCUCCCUGGACGCCACUGGUCUGACCCAGUGCCUGGCGGCCAGCGACGCGGCGGCGGUGCAGUGCAAGGUGGCGAUGGAGACGGCUGUGCGCUCUUGCAUGGAGGCCUUUAGCUGCAAUGCGACGCUGGCGACCGCGCUGUCCGCGUGCGACGCCACGGCCCCCGGAAGCUGUCAGACGGCGGCCCAGGCCGCCAACUCGGCCUGCCUGGCGGCGGCGCCCGCCACCGCUAAGUCGUACAUCGACGCGCAGGUGGCGGCUGGCACCCUGGUGGGCGCCGUACGGCAUUACCACACCUACCUGCCGUACUCGCUGCUGACUAACGCGCAGAGGUCCACCCUCGGUGGGGUCUUGACCCAGGUAGCGGGCGUGCUCCGGGUAUGAGCAUGAGCUGCAGGCGGCAGGUUGUAUCGCAGCGCAGUUGCGGCUUACACGCUGCCACUCUUGCUUUCGUAUGUAGUAGCAGCUUUGUGAUCUGAGGUAUCCCACAUUGGAGCGCAGAUACUCACGCGCACCGUUUGUUAGGGAGCACAGGGGAACGGCCGUCAGUAGAAUGCCGCGAGUGUGUACCAAGUGCUGAAGAAUAGCUGCGGUCGUAUGGGCCGUUCGGGCAAGUGGAAACAUGCCAGCGGUGUUUGCGUUUCGUGACUACGGUAUGUUGCAUUGUUUAGUUUGGUGGAAGAAAUGAACGGCGUUUUGGGUCGGCUGCGUGGCGCCACUCAUCUGUAUGUUCAUCUUAUGAUGGGCUGGUGUACUGUAUCACCGCGCCAUGUGAGCGCCACGUGCCGAAGCCAGGGUAGUGGACGUUGCUAGUGCCUGGUAAGCAAGCGCAGCGCGGUGUGGCAUCAACGUGCCGAGCAGACUUCUGGUGUGGGUGAUGUGUGUCACAGCGCACCGUACGUGAGCGGUUUCUGUGAGAGUGAGACUGCAUGAGAGUAGUACGGUACCGCAGGAGUGUUGUUGACCGCUGCGUCCUGACUGGCGGCAGCAGGCAUGUGUUUUUGCGGGCAGCUUGUGCGUAGUGACAACCGUGCGCACAGCUGAGCUGUGGCACGAGCCUGUAAGGGUGUGUGGCUCAUGCGGCCUGGUAUCAGUGAGCGUUGAUGUAACGCAGCGAAUGCGACCAAGGCUUGGAUGCCGCCGUCCGGCCGGUCAGUGUCAGUCCGCUAGCAUUAGUGGGCUGUAGGGGCAUUCAAUCUGAGUGAGCACGACCGCAGUUUAAUUGAGCAGACUUUUCGGGGAUUGCAGGCUUUGUAGCCAUACUUGAACCC